AUGUCAUCCGGAAGACGCAGGAGUGGGGAGGAUGGCAGUGAUGAUGGGAGAAAUGACAAUGCCAUGAAUCCUCACGCGAAGCGCUCGAAAUCUUCGUUCAAUGCCGAUGGUCCGGCUGAAAGUGAUCUCGGUGGUUCCAACCAAGUGCGCCCCCCGAACCAGAAUGAACAACAUUCCAUGCUUGUCCAGCAACCAGUAGCACCAUUUCCCUUGGAGCAUACCUCGUCUGCCGAUGUCGCAGAUAAUACUGUGCCGCGCCCCCGGCCCCCAGUUUCCCACUCGGCGUAUACAGGGAACACAGCCUACACAGAAGAUGUCACCGAGCUCAUUAAAGCCGGGUUCGUUUCGCUGGAGAGGAGGCUCGACAUGCUCUCAAGCCAGGUGGACAUGCUUACAAGCCGGGUGGACAUGCUCACAGGACGUAAUACCGCCCCCACUACCAACCCCAGCUCCUCCAUGCCGGUAAGCUCCGAGUCAGGAAAGCUUGGUGGUCAGCCCGCACAGCUUCCGAACAUAAAUAAUGAUAAAACCAAGAUAGUGUCAUGCGGAAUCCCUGGUGUACCCUAUGACAUCUCUGACGUGCAGGUGCUAGGCUACACGCCUACUAACAUCGGAGGGGCGCUCGGCCUAUCGAACACCUCCGAAGUUUGGGCCCUAUUUCUGCAUGACUCCUCAACCAAACCCUUGCUAGAGCAGUACAUCAACGCUCGCAAGAUGGUCUCUUCAGCACAGUAUAACGUGAUCCACUUAAAGGUCAUGAAUGAUCUUUGGACGGAUCUCAAACUUAGACAACUGAUGCGAGGAGAUGACCCGCCCACCAUCGCCUCCAUCGGUGUUAAAGUUGGCACAUACUGCAGUAUACUCACAGGCUGGUACGCUAGUCAAGUUAUGAAGUCGAAACCAGGGUUAUUUCCACACUCUAGUCUCCUGAUAAGCGAUGAUGAGGAUGGUGACGAUAAUAUUCACAUCAACCCGUGUGACUGGCUUCAUGCGUGGAAGCUUUUGGCAUUAUUUUGGAAAUUUCGGGAUAUAAUGGGCAAGCCGCGCCACCCUUAUCCUGAUAUCCCAAUUGAGGCAGUCUUUCAUUCAAAUCGCGAUACCUUAGACGCACCGCAUGGGGUGGAAAGACAACGGAGGAUAUGGAGGUGGAGGAAACCCAAGACCAGAACGCGGUUGACGCCAAUUUCGUCGUUCAGUGAUCAUGAGCUAGAAGGAGUACAGUUGGUAUAUCAAUUACCAAGCAGACAGGCAGAUGGACAGGAGUCAUUGUUGGAUAUUUUUACGCCCUUUUAUGCAAGCAGUCCUGGCUAUCAAAUGGUGUCUAAAGAUCAUUCAUUCCCUUUAGCUACACAGAGCAGUACUUCGAUUUCUCCGCCAGCAGUGCUUCCAAUCAAUGGUAGUAUCUGGUGAUAUUUGAUUAUCAGACUAUCCUCAGUUAACAUGGGGAUACUCAGCAUGAUACCACUCUCUCAUGUAUAUCAUAACACAAGCAAAAAGACCAACACCUCACAGUCACUACUUCUGUCCCUUGACACACUCCCACUCUCCUCCAUCCUUGACACCCAACCAAAGCAGGUCUGGCCGCGAAUAAUGCCCACAAACAUCCACCAAAGUCCUUGAUAUGGAAAUCUCAUCGAAAUUCAAAUCC